CUUGUGACAUGGGCGGCUUCACGCGCGUGCUUCACAGCGGGUCGGCGGACGACCUGAUGGACGAAGUGCCUACGGUUGUGGUGGACCCGCUGCCGCCAUCCAUCUCCAAGAACACCACCUACAUCGUACUCAACCGGCCGUACGCCUUCAUGGAGUGGCUCAACAAAGUCAGCAUACCCGAGAAAUACUUUGUCAUGUGCGAGACCGACCACCUCUUCAUGCGCCCCAUGCCCAACCUCAUGAACGGCGAGUCGCAGGGCGCCGCGCUCUUCACCUACAUCGUGCCCUGGAACUUUCCCGACAUUGUGCGCAAGUUCAUCGGCAACGUGUCGGACGAGCAGGUGCACGCCGUACCGCAGAUCGGCAACAGCCCCACCUUUGUGAGUGUGGAGGAGUUCCGCACGCUGGUGCCCAUCUGGUUCAACACCACGCUGGAGGUGUUUGAGGACAAGGAGGCGCACGAGGCGUGGAACUGGGUGCUGGAGAUGUACGCGUACGCGCUGGCGACUUACCGGGCAGGGCAGCACGUUAACAUGAAGGUCCACCCCAACAUGCUGGCUCACCCUCCCUUCGACAAGGAGGAGGUGGACAGCGAGGGGCGGCCCUACUACCUGCUGCACCUCACCUACCCCUGCCGCUACGACAAGGACGGAAACAUGACGGACAACAGCACGCUGGCGGUGUGGACCUUCGACAAGCGCGUCUACAGCACCAGUCCGCCGCCGCGCAACCUGCAGAUGCCGCCGCCGGUGGUUCACAACAACCUGGCUCGGCUGAUCGUGGCCAUGAUUAACGAAGCCACCGACAACAUACCCUGCUGGGAUGACUACGUCGCGACAAGUAAAGUGACCAAGUGCUCAUAACAUACGAGAGCAGCGGGCGUAGGAGUGACUAAAUCUAUACCAGCAAGAUAGGUCUGGUUUUCCACAUAAUAUGACUCUAGGAGAGCAGGAUGACGCGACAAUGCGAGCUGUAGACGGGCGUCCGUAGAAAGUAGUAGAAUAGCGUGCACCUGGGGAGGGUGUUGUGAUUCGGCUUAGCGAUUACUGGUGAGCUUUUGGCGAGCGGAGGCUAUGCGAUCGAAUUUUCUGCAGAUGAAUAUUCAAUACUGGCUAUGUGUGUUACGGUGAUCCAUAUUACCUGUUAGUGGGGGCUGUGUCGCGGCUGUACGGGCGAUGUGUGAUGCAAGGCAACGAGCUGCCUUCGUUCACCUUGAAGUAUAUAUUUACCUUUGCAAGGUGAGCUGCUAAGAAAGGAUUAUCUCUUUGUCCCUCUAUUGUAACCUGUAAGCCUUUGAGACUAUUACCGGUAACCGGCUAGUGAACUUUCUGGACAUCGCUGCUAGCAUAAAAGCAUGGUUGAAAGCUCAGAGACUGGAGGCGCAGCUGCGCGCUCCACGCGCCUAUUUGCCAAGUAUUCGUCAACUCUAUACUCAUCAAGCGGGGACAGCACGGAAUGCCCAGUUUCGGCUUCACCGUCUGCAGCUGCUGUCGGAGCUCCGGCUAAUGGUGCGACGCCGUCGGCCGGGCCUUCUCGCCCGCAGCAAACCCCAUCGGGCUGCUCCUACGCCGCUGCAGCCUCCACCUCCUCUUCCCCGCUUCCCUCCGGCGGCUGCCCAGUGCAGUCCCCCUCCUCCUCCUCCCCUUCCGCUGACGGUGGCACUCUCAACCCGCUCAACAACAUCCCCGCCUCGCUGUCCGCCAUGCCUCCCGAGGUUCCCGGCCUUAGCGCGCAGCGGCAGACCUCCAACAUCCCCAUGUCGCCGCCCGACAAGCUGCCGCCGCACCAGCAGUCGGGGCAGGACUUCUGGGUCUACCCCUCGGAGCAGAUGUUCUUCAACGCCAUGAAGCGCAAGGGCUGGGACCCGCAGGCUGACGACAUGCGCAGUGUGGUGGCCAUCCACAACUCCGUCAACGAGCGCGCCUGGCGGGAGGUGAUGGCGUGGGAGCGGCUGCACUGCCAGGAGUGCGCGGAACCGCGACUGAAGCGCUUCCAGGGCCGACCCAGCGACCUCAGCCCCAAGGCGCGACUGCUCAACUUCAUGGGUUUCGGACUGCCCUUCGACCGCCACGACUGGGUGGUGGACCGCUGCGGCAAGGAGGUUCGCUACAUCAUCGACUUCUAUAACGGCGCCCCGCAGCCCGGCCAGCGCGCCGCCGCCGCCUUCUUCCUGGACGUGCGGCCCGCGCUGGACUCGUUCGAGGCGGCCUGGGACCGGGUGCGCAUGCAGCUGUCCUGGGUGACGAGCGGGCGGUGGAGGGACUGAGCGGGGGAGGGAGGGGGGAUAGAGGAAUCAUGCGUUGAGCGGGGGAGAGGGAGGCGAGGGUGGAGGGGCUGAGGAGGAUGAAUGAAGCGGUCGAAGAGGGAUUAGAUAAACUGAGCCGCGGAAACACUGACCCUGACCGUAGGUUACCGGAAAUGGCUUGAGGGUGUUCCAGACGUCGAAGUAUUGGAAUCAGCGUCGUAAAUAGUUGAACGCAGCUAGGAAUGUAGCAGAAGAGGGAGGGAGGGUGAGGUGGGAGGGUGCAUGGAGCAGUGGGGGGAAUUGGUAGGCUGCGAGGCGUGUGAUUGCGGGGUGGCUGCGAGUGCAGGGAGCUCCGUGGCAGGGAUGAUGAUGAGGAGGGGGGGAGUGCAUGGAGGUGAUGGGCCGGCUGUUUGUAAGAACUAAGAUGAAGGGCUUCGUGCGCGGUCGGGCGGUUUCAGUGCCGUCACGUUACCAUGUGGGUCAGGGCUUGGUAUGUCGGGCGUGUGCGACCGCUGGGGCUACGGUGUCCAGGGCGGCGGAUGAAGGAUGGAGGAGUCACACUUUUGUAAAGGAAAGUGUG